AUUUUAUGCAUAGUACGUAUAGAUAUUACAAUGUAUGUUUCUAUUAUCUAUAGUAGUACUACAAUUAUAUAGAUAAUGUAUAACUUUUACAUAACAAUUGUUAAAAGUGCCGCCUCAAGUGUUAAGUUAGGAACUAAUAUGUAGAAAAACUAUAAAGUGCUAGUUUCAUUGUAACUCUACACAAUGAGUUAAAUAUUAACAACUAUCACGUAUUACUAAGUAUGGGUUUAUCGAAAUUUUACAGUUAAUAUUUAAUCCAUUUAACAGCAAAUUCUUACAUCUUUAUCGGAAUAGAUUAAUGAAAAAAACUAGUAUGGCCCAGUUUUUUAAAUGAUAUUGGCAUAUCUCAUUAAAAUUGGAAUAAAUAAAGUCUAGUAAAAUGGAAAAAUGGUUUCUUCAAUCAAUGUGGAUAGCCAUGUUUGGAUUUUUCAAAGAAUUUCGUCCGGAAGAUCCUUAUAUCACUCAAUACUUGACCCAUCCUCCAAUGAAUUUUACAAAUGAAGAAGUUAUUCAAGAUGUAUAUCCUGUUUCUACAUACACUUGUUUGGGAUUAACUAUUAUUGUAUUUCUGAUUACUGAUUACCUUCGAUACAAACCUAUUGUGAUACUAAAUGCUAUGUCUAGUGUUAUUGCUCAAUUAUUAUUAAUUUAUACUAGAAGUAUUACUAGUAUGAUGGUAAUGGAAGUUUUUUAUGGCACAAUGACAGCUUGUGAAGUUGCCUAUUACACAUAUAUAUAUUCUAAAGUGGAGAAAAAACAUUACAAAAAGGUUUCUAGUCAUAUGAAAAUGGCCUGUCUUUUAGGUCGACUUAUAUCAGCUAUACUUGCUCAAAUUUUAAUUGACAAUAGUGUUUUAACAAUACCACAUUUGAAUUAUUUAACAUUAUUAGGUGCAUUUUUUUCCUUAAUAUGGGCUUUUGGUUUGCCACCAGUAAAAAAAAGUUUGUAUUUUCACCAUAACCCUGAAAAUAUUCAUAUUAGUGAUCAAACAAAUCAAAACUUUCCUGCCCCUAAAACUGCAUGCCAAAGGUUAUGGCACGACUUUAAUUCAGCUUUUAGGAAUAAUUAUGUUGUUCAAUGGUCCAUUUGGUGGGCAAUAGGUACCAGCAUGUAUUAUCAGUUUAUGUCAUAUUCUCAAUCACUAUGGCAAGAAAUAUCUGAUGAAGGGACAGAUUUUAAAAUAACUGAUAAUGGUUCCGUGGAAGCAGUUUAUACUAUAAUUAGCACUUUAGGAGUUUAUUUAGUUGGAGUUAUGACUAUUCCAUCUUGGUGGUUAAUUGGUGUUCUUACAUUAAGCCAAGGCAUUUUACUAUUAAAAAUGUCUCAGGAACACUUAUUAUCUCAUGCUUAUGUUGGAUAUAUAAUUUAUGGAACAUUUUAUCAUGUUAUGGCAACUGUAGCAAAUUGUGAAGUCGCUAGAAACAUACCAGAAGAUAGUUAUGCUUUGGUGUUUGGUGUUAACACAUUUAUUUCACUAAUUAUUCAAACGUGUAUGACUGUCAUAAUAAACAGCUCUAUCGGGCUUAAAUUAACAAUAAGAACUCAAUCUAGAAGUAAUAGAAUGUCCGAUGAAAGAAAUAAUGGUUUUGGUAGAAUAACUAAGCGACAAUCUGUAUCAAAGAAACAGAAUCGAUUGCUUUCUCUUUUCACUAUCGUCCAAUUUGACAAUGAACCUUGUUACUCUUCGUCUGGCGAUAGUGGAAUUUGCAUGACAUCUUCUGAAUGUCAUCAACAUCUUGGUGUACCUAUUGGUUCUUGUGCCAAUUCUUACGGAGUUUGUUGUUUGUCUCUGACAACUUGUGGCCAAACAAUUCGUGAAAAUGGUACAUAUUUUGUAAAUACUGGAUAUCCUAAUAGUCUUAAUGACACUGGUACAUGCCAAGUAACUCUUCAUAAAGCUUCUCCAUAUAUUUGCCAAUUUAGGCUUGACUUUGAAAGAUUUGUAAUUUCUGGUCCUGAGCCCAUAAAUCAUCAGUGUGACAACGAUCAGUUUAUAGUGUCUGGUUCAAAUCCUGUGCCAGUAAUUUGCGGUAUGAACACUGGCGGUCACAUGUAUGUUGAUGCGGGUACCGGCACGAGCCCAAUCACAUUAACAAUAGUAACAAGUGGUAUUCAGUUUAAAAGAGAUUGGAAAAUAAAAAUAAGUCAGAUCGCAUGUGAUUCAACUACUAAAGCUGACAGCGGUUGUCUUCAAUACCACACUGGGAUAUCGGGAACUGUUAAAUCUUUUAAUUAUGAUCCAUACUCAGGUCUUCAUUUGUCUAAUCAAGAUUAUACAAUAUGUUUGAGAACUGAACGAAAUUUCUGUUCUGUACAGUAUACAACUUGUGAUGAUCAAAUGAAUAACAGGAGUCACGCAUUUACGUUAACCGGUAAUACUUUAGGCCAAAAUGCAGUCCAAGCAAAUGUAGGCAGCGUUGGUUCAAGCCCUUGUAACUCAGAUUAUCUUAUUAUUCCUUGUGUCUCAAGUAAACAAGGACCGGUAGCUUCGGGUAUGAACACUUGCGUAGACAGGCUCUGUGGUGGAACUUUAAGUACAGAUUAUACUACUAUUCCAACGACAGUAAUAAGCAGUGUUAGACCAUUUCGUUUAUCGUUUCAUACAAAUUCCGUGGAAAUGCCAAACGAUAUAGGCAAUCGUGGAUUUUGUUUGAACUACAUACAACAACCAUGUAAUGCCAAUUAUUCUUAAGUGAUAAACAAAUUGUUUUAACUGUACAUCAUAAGGGAAGUUGUGAGAAUGAUAGUCAGCGAGUAAUAAUAAUCACUUUGUCUACACCAAAACUACCAUAACUAAUAAUCAGUUGACUACCUAGAAUGAUUACUAGUGUUAUUAAGCCCCUAAAAAUAAAAUAUGGUAGUUAUUCUUUAAGUUUACUCUUCAAAAUACUACUUUUCGGUUUACUAUGUUA